GUGAUUAUGGCGAGCAACUCUAUCCCAAACAAGAAGAGAUUGUUCGUUCUGCAAACAUUGACAAAUGCUACUAAGAUCAAUGCUCUUUAUGAAGGAAACAGCGGCCGUUUUACCCAGCUCCUUAGUCCAAGUACUCAGGAAUUUCUAGCCGUCAAGAAACUCACAAGAUCUUACCUUGGAAAAUCAGCUUCCAUUUCACAGAGAAUACAAGAACUAAAUAAUCCAGAACCUGAGGUCACCCCAUCUACUCUAAAUCCAAUACAAGUCACAGAUGUAUCUUCUUCCUCGCCACGCCUGCAUAAUUCACUAGUAAUCACGUUCUUUUCGAUCCUAAUUAUAGAACUCUUGUUACAUACAUUAUGUACACAAAAAUAGAGAAGAGGUCUCUAUGAGAUAUGAGGUUUGGCGACAAAUCUUGUAACAUUACACAGGAUAUGAGAUAUGUUUGCAUUCAGAUAAAGUUGAAUAUACAAUAUUUUUCAUUUUUGUAGUAAUUAAGGGAUGAGAGUCCUAAGAUAUAUAAACAGAAAGACAGUCUAUGCAAUAAUUAUUUUAAUUUUAUUCCUUUUGGUUAA